UGGUCAGCUCGGUCGUUGAGUCCGCUUACUGGCUCUGGCAGGCGUUCCUAUGCUGUAGUCAGGCCGUGUUCCGCCAUGGAGUACUUGCAGAAGUAUCUGGAAGACUUGGAACAUGUCCCACCACAUUUAAGGCAAGAAUUUAAGAUAAUGCGGGACCUGGACCAGAAAGUGGAGGAAAUCAAGCAAGAAAUUCAACAGCGUACCACACAUCUGAUGCAGCAUGCUGCGGAAAUGACCAGAGACGAGCGCAUGGGGCAAAUGGAGCAAAUACAAAACUUAUUUAAGAAAGGAAAAGAAAUCAGUAAUGACAAGGUAUCUCGAGCCGAGAGCGCAUACGAACUAGUGGACAAACAAAUUCGUCGACUAGAUGCUGACAUGUUUGAAUUCAAGAAAGCCCUAGGUACGAGUUAUUCUUCUGAUUCAUUUUUUUUUCCAGCGGAGAAGGAGUUGAGGAAGGUGAAAAAGUCGCGUAAUAAGGGAGAACAAGAACCGGUUGUAUCACCCAAAAUCCCUGCAACUGCAGCCCUGGCCCUCGCCUUGACUAACAACCCGGGGGAAGUCUUGGAUAUGCCCGUCGACCCCAACGAACCAACCUAUUGCGUGUGCCAGCAGGUCUCCUAUGGUGAGAUGGUAGCCUGUGACAACCACGAUUGUCCAAUCGAGUGGUUCCAUUUUGAUUGUGUUGGUUUAGUCAAUAAACCUCGGGGUAAAUGGUACUGCCCACAAUGUACCGCAGAAGAUUACCACACCUCAGUUCUUGAGUUGUUUCGUUUUCUUCGUUUGCGCCUGCUCGCUUGCCAGCAUUUUAGCAUAGAAUGUUCUGCUCACAGUCUUACAGCUGAAGUGCACGCAUUUCGAAGAAAUAUGCGUCGCAGUGCCGGAGUUCGUGCUCCUUUUAAAUCCCCUUUGAGGACAAGGAAUACUGACAACGCUCCUGUUGUGCCUACGACUUUGAAGGCUGAGCUUCCUGGACCGAUUCAUACCGAAAUCAAGCGGAAAUCUGAGGUGAACGAUGAAACGGACUUGCAGCAGGAGAUUGAACGGUUGACAGCAAAAUUAAUGGAAGGUCGAAACGAGCCUCUGGAUGUUGAAAAGGAGUUAGCUCUCUGGCGAAAUCGCAUGCACGCAUACAACGAAGCAAAAGACGCAUGUUUGCAACUCUUUGGACGGUUGGCUCACGUCAAGGGCUGUCUAGUACGUGACCUGUACAAAGAAUACGGGCUAGACCUAACAGAUUGAAGUCCGAUGGAUUUCUGCGUGCAUUUUGCUCCUGUACAUAUAAUUAUUUCAUCCUGCGGUUUAUCACAUUGGGUCUGAUUUCGGCGUGGCUGGAGACUGGCUUUAAGCAACGAAUGAUGAUAACCGAAUAAAUUGGUCGGCAACAUCAUAACGUACCUGAAAAAUGAUGUAAUAAUAACAAUGAUG